CCGUGAAUCCUUACGUUCGCAGAGUUGGACCACGGAGCAGCAUUAGUACGUACCAUACCUUUAUUGCUUUGGGCUAUGAGCGUGUGCCUUGGGGGGCUGGUGAUGCAGGAGCGGUAUUCGGUUGCUGCGACGUGUACCUUCCUCGAUGCACUGAUCAAGCGGACGGGGAGCAGUGACGCGCUGGGUGAGGAAAACGCGGCACUAAUUGGGACGCAUGGUCGGCGGAUCAUGCGUCCGCUGCUCGAGGGCUUUGCGGGGUAGCACCGCGCAGUCUAACGGCGAACCUAUUUGAGGUGUCGAGUGCGAUUGUUACUAAGCAUCCAGCGGUGGCGAGAGUGUGAAUGGAGAGAUUUUGUUCACUGAUGAUUUUGUGGACUCCAAGGCGAGUCAGGAGGCGAAGCGCACGUUUGUCAAGGCUGUUGUUGGAUCACGAAGUCCAAAGCGGCCGAAGGAGGCCGCACAGCAGUUUGGUGAGGACGCACUCACAGAUGGCGCCCGCACUCUUCCUGACACUGUACCACUGAUCUCCAUAUGCAUAAUAUGUAGAUACGCUCUCGCUCGAACCCCGCUCCUCACCGAUUCAGGCGCCCUCUCCCUCUCGCCCCGACGCCUUAGGCAGCCCAAUCAUCACCAAGGACCUUCUCUUACACUGCCCGACCGCAGGUAUAAACCGGUAUCCCGCGUUAAGCAAGCUCACGCCCUCCCCCAAAGCACCCGCCAGGGUAUCCUGUUUGCGUCAACGUGUACUGAUGUAUAUCUGGCUCUCCCGGUACUGCCCUGUGCGCAGGCGUUUUGAAACCCGUACAACAAUUCAGGUCCGCCUUUUUCUUGCAGGCUUAUAACUUUCAGCGGCAUUGGAGCUUAAAUACGAAAUGGUACGCACUUUUCUACGUAUCUGCGUUUGAUUCACUUUCCCUACGCACAUCUGUUCGUGUCGGAUCCUUUGUUUGACGUUUUGAUAUGAUGGGAAUUCCCUUUUGGAUCUCGCCUGCGGUGCUCAUCCCGAACAAAUCCCGAAUGUGUAGAACACUAUGUACGGAUACUUUGUUGGCUAUACUUACGUGCAAUUAUCUGUCAUGCGUGUUUUGUCCUUAGCUAAGCCCUCGGGCAAAUUCUGUAAUAACUGUAGUGGUGUGAGAGCCCAUUAUUAACUUCGAUAGAAAUCGCCGGAGCGUAGCUCGGCGUGUCUUGUGUAGACAAUUAGGAGCCCUUUCAGACUCGAGAUUGAUCUAACAGCUCAAGAUCCUGCAUCUGCCUUAUUGACGCACUGCACGGGAUGCAACACCAAAAUCGCUUGGCCGCGCGGUGAGAGUAGGCGAAAUCCAUUUGAAUUAU